AUGCAUGACGGAUCCCAGUGCAAACGAUUUGCAUCAAAAGAUGGACAAGAAGACAAACGAUCUGCAUCACGAGAUGGACAAGAAGACAAACGAUAUGCAUCACGAGAUGGACACGACGACAAACGAUCUGCAUCGAAAGACAGGAACAGGAACCCGCGGCCAUCAUCGAAGGACAAGGACGAAAAUUCUCGAUUCGUUGGCAAAGAUAGAGAAGCAAAAGCUUCCUGUUCCGCAGAACGCGGUCGUACCUUGACUACGGACGAGUCAAUUCAUUCGACUCUGCCCAAGUCUCAAUUUCUUGGGGAGGAAUUUGAAAUAUCGCCUCCACGUCGAUACCGGUCAAGCUCGCUCUCGAGCAAACUUCCUCUCACAGCAAAAACUUCGUAUGUUCAAGGGACCCAAAAUGGCACAGAGAAAAUUAAGAUGGCUGAUCAUUUAAUUGCCAAACGAAACAUCGUAUCGACAGUCCUUGCCACACAAAUGGCCAGUAAAGGGUUCGAAGGGACGAAUGCUGGAUCAGACGGCAAGUUUUCUAACGAGUCCGAGAAACUCAUGGAUGGAAAAUUAAGCAAAAUCGAUGUCAUCGAGCAGGCUAUUUCUGAUUUGUACCAACUUUACGACGAGCAGAUUUUCGGAAUGAGACGGCGGCUGGGUCAACUUGAGGUCGAGGUAGGGCUGCUUAAUGAGCGACUUAAAAUCAAUUCUCAAUCAACGGAAGAUCAAUCAAAGGAAUUCCAGAGUGAGGAGUCGUGCGAUGAGUCUCAAGAGGUCUACUACAUACCAUGUUAUGGACCGGGUGCAUAUUUGGAAGUUUCUGAUGACAGUGUCAGAAAUGAAGUUGAUGAUGAAGACAAAGACGAAGUUGAUGAUGAAGGCAGAGACAAAGUUGCUGAUAAAAGCGGAAACGGAGUUGCUGAUACAGGCAGAGACGAAAUUAAUGAUGAAGGCAGCGACGAAGUUUAUGAUGAAGGCAGAGACGAAGUUAAUGAUGCAGGCAGAGACAAAGUUGAUGAUGAGCAGAGACGAAGUUGA